UCAUGUUCUCUCACCCUAGCCCUGCGUAGAGAUAGAUCAUCAUGGCCAGCAAGCAACUAUCUGGCAAAGUUUGCCUGGUGACAGGGGCAAGUCGGGGAAUCGGCAAAGGAAUCGCCUUGCAGCUUGGAGAAGCCGGGGCAACAGUCUACAUCACGGGACGAACGCUGAACCCUAACGAUGAUAGAGCCUUUCCAGGCUCACUCAGAGAAACAGCUGAAGAGGUAGAGGAACGUGGCGGGAAGUGUGUCCCUGUACAGUGCGAUCACUCUGAUGACGAACAGGUAAAGAGUCUGUUUGAACGAAUCUCUCGGGAACAAAAUGGCCGCCUGGAUCUCCUUGUCAACAACGCGUUCGCCGGAGGCAAGACGCUGUUUGAGUCCAGAGACAAAAAGUUUUGGGAGACUCCGCCCACUCUGUGGGAUGACGUAACUGUGGUUGGACUAAGGAGCUAUUACAUUGCAGCUUGGCACGCUGCCCAAUUGAUGAUACCGGCCAAGCAGGGCUUGAUAGUCAACAUCUCGUCCAUUGGUGGACUUCACUAUUUCAUCAAUGUCCCAUACAGUGUGGGCAAAGUUGCUUGUGACCGCAUGGCUACAGACUGUGCUCUGGAGCUGCGAACGCACAACGUAGCCUGCGUCUCCCUGUGGCCAGGUAUCGUCAAAACAGAGUCGCUCAUGGACAUGAUGGCUUCUAUACCAGAGGCUGCAAAAAAGGAUGAACAAGCUAUGGUUGAUCGCGUAGAGUCUGGAGAGUCACUAGAAUUUUCGGGGAAAGCUGUUGCUCAUCUGGCAAGUGACCCGAACAUAAUGAAGAAAUCCGGGCGCAUCCUCCAGUCGGCGGAGCUCGCAGAGGAGUACGGCUUCACUGAUGUCGACGGCCAACCUCCGCUCAACUGGCGGCGUCUCAAGACCGCAUGCGCAAUGUCUGGUCACACAUGGGUCGCGGCACUCAUCCCCGGCUUUAUCAAGAUCCCUUUCUGGCUCAUAGCCGCGGCAAAUAGUAAACUGUAACCAUGGCAAUGAAAGAAAUGACCAUGCUCGUUUCUUCGCUUUCGAUUGCCUGCAGCAGUUUGCUGCGAUCGUGCAUUGUUCACGUAGGGGAGUCUGCAAGAGAACUUUGCAAAUGAAGAUGACCAUUAUAGUGUGCUACAUAGGGUUGCUUCCUUGACAGUAUAAGUCAUGUAGGCCUAUUUUGUAUUCACCUCAAAUGCAUGGGGUACAGGGUUCAGAUAGCUCAUUUUAGAUACAUGCAUUCUGAUCAAGUUGUCAUGCACCAAUAUUUUACUGCAAUGUUAUUGAAGACUCUCAAAAAAAGGGAAAUUUGUUGACUGAUUUUGGAUUGUUUGGAGACACGUCUUAAUUUCAAAUCCAGAUAAUAAAAAGAAUUCAAUUUAUUUUCUGUAUUUACCCGAAGAACCUCUCAUUGGUGCACUGUUUUCCAUAACUGUGAAGGAAGUGCAGUACACAAAAUUAAUUUAAAAUUGCUAUUAGAAACAAAUUGAAAAAUAUAAAAUAUAUAUAUAUAAAUAAUAAACCUGGACCAGAUAACAGAAAACAAAUCUUCGACAAAGACAAAAAAUAAGCAGUAGAAACAUUACCAACAAAGGUCCCCUUUUACGCAUUAAAAAGCAGAUAUUGGUAUUGGUUGUGUGCUUUUCAAGCUUGUUAGAGUACUAAGCAAAACACUUUAAAAGAUAUGGGAGUGUUGUUGAGUGCUUAACACUCCAGGAACCAGAAUUUACGUUCACCUGAUUUAGAUUUGAUAAAUGGGGGAACGAGGUUGCCACGUGAAACAGACUUAGUAGCUUAUGUAUUUGUACUAAUAGUAAACAAAAGCUAUAGUUGAUAAUUGUGGCGGAAAUUUCAAGGUUGGACUUUUACAGCUGUAGUGAAUUCAAGUGAGAGUAUGCUUUUCUUCUAGAUUAUUCCAUCACUGAGUCGAUCAAACAAUGUCCGGGGAGUCUCCAGAAAAGCCUAGGACGACUCUCCCUCAGUACUGUUGAGUUAGGCCAUGUUUGUCGAGGGACAUGAGUUGACCCAUACAAUCAGAGUGUGGUAGGAUUAGCCUCUUAUGAAACAAAUGUUAUGUGUGUUGGGGGAGAGCAUUAAAGAGCACCUAUUAGGAAUGCAUGCAUGUGGCUACGUGCAUUGUUCGGCACGUACAAGGGCUUGUCCAUUACAAACACAGGACGAGGGUUCUCCUCGUUUUCUCUGUGUUCUCAGAAUGACGCAGUCUACAUUCGGAAUUCGCAUCUUGGCAUGAACAGAAAAAAAACAACCCUUUUUAGCU